AUGUCUCCCUCCCUUCGUCGCCUAAUGAAAGAAGCCGCCGAGCUAUCCGCCUCCCCUUCCCCACACUUCCACGCUCAACCCGUUUCCGAUUCCAACCUGUACGACUGGCACUUUACAAUCGCCGGCCCCCCGGCUCCCUCACCUUACGCCUCGGGAAUCUAUCACGGCCGCAUAGUUCUACCCCCAACGUACCCGCUCCGGCCCCCGAGCUUCCGCUUCCUUACCCCCUCGGGCCGGUUUGAAGUCAAUCGGGAAAUUUGCCUCAGUAUCUCGGGGCACCAUGAGGAGACGUGGCAGCCUGCGUGGGGGAUCCGGACUGCGCUGCUGGCGAUAAGGAGCUUCAUGGACGGAGAUGCGAAGGGACAGGUCGGUGGUUUGGAUGUCUCGGAGGAGGUGAGGAAGGAUUAUGCCCGCCGGAGCGGGGAUUGGUGCUGCGAGGUUUGUGGGAAGAGCAAUGAGGCCAUUCUAGGACAGUGGAGGGAUUAUUGCAAGGAGAACGGGGUGGAAGUUGGGGAUAUGGGCGAUGAGAAGGUUGUUUCUCCUGCGGCUAAGGAGGAGGGCGAGAAGGGUGAUACCGAUGCGACUCGACAGGAGGAACAGCCUGAGAAAAUAGUGCAGGAUGAGCCCGUGGCUGUAUCACAGAAGUCAGUGCCGCAACAGCCGGCUCCAGAAGUUGUUCAGGCUGCGUUUUCUCCUCCCCCUCCUCCUUCUACGUCUGUUACUACUUCUACGUUGGUACCAGGGUCGAGUGUGCAAACAGAUUUCGCGGCGCCGGCCCCGCGUCGACCUGUUACUUCGUAUCCUGCGCAGGCUGUUGCUUCGCCGCAGUCUGAGGAUCCUUGGCUGGAUCGAGCUAUUAUCGGCGUGCUGGUUGCGCUGGUGUUCAUGAUCCUUAGAAGGAUGGCUUGCUCGGAGGAUUAG